AUGCAGUUGGUAGAAGGAAAGGAGAAUGAGAGAGAAGGAGGAGGUACAACGCAAAGAAACAUGCAAAAUGACAACGAGAGUGCAAUCGAUAUCCUUGGCUUCACAGCAGAGGAAAAGGCUAGCAUCUACAAACUGACAGGUGCAGUAAUGCAUUUUGGGAACCUGAAAUUUAAACAGAAGCCACGAGAAGAGCAAGCUGAACCAGAUGGGACAGAAGUGGCUGACAAAAUUGCUUACCUGAUGGGCCUAAACUCAGCUGAUUUACUCAAAGCCUUGUGCUAUCCAAGAGUGAAGGUUGGACAUGAAUUUGUAACCAAAGGCCAGACAGUGGAACAGGUCCACAACUCUGUUGGUGCCCUCGCUAAAUCUGUCUAUGAAAAAAUGUUCUUUUGGAUGGUUUAUCGCAUCAAUCAGCAGCUGGAUACUAAACAACAGAGGCAGUACUUUAUUGGUGUCCUGGAUAUUGCUGGAUUUGAAAUUUUUGAAUUUAACAGCUUUGAACAGCUCUGCAUCAACUUCACCAAUGAAAAGCUGCAACAGUUUUUCAACCACCACAUGUUUGUACUGGAGCAAGAAGAGUACAAGAAGGAAGGAAUCGAAUGGACAUUCAUUGACUUUGGCAUGGACCUGGCUGCGUGCAUCGAGCUGAUUGAAAAGCCUAUGGGAAUUUUCUCAAUCCUUGAAGAGGAAUGUAUGUUCCCCAAAGCUUCUGACCAGACCUUUAAGAAUAAACUCUAUGAUCAGCAUCUUGGAAAAUCCAGCAAUUUCCAGAAACCAAAGCCUGCUAAAGGAAAGAAGGAAGCUCAUUUCUCAUUGGUGCAUUACGCUGGUAUUGUGGAUUACAAUGUGUCUGGGUGGUUGGAUAAGAACAAAGACCCACUGAAUGAAACUGUUGUUGGCCUGUACCAGAAAUCAUCACUCAAACUGUUGGCUUUCCUUUAUGCUGCAUAUGCUGGUGCUGGUGGUGAAGGUGAUACAGGUGGCAAGAGAGGAAAGAAGAAGGGCGCCUCCUUUCAGACAGUGUCUGCACUGUUUAGGGAAAAUUUACACAAACUGAUGACAAACUUAAGAACUACUCACCCUCACUUUGUCCGCUGCAUUAUUCCUAAUGAAACAAAGACACCAGGAGAACUGGAUCAUCAUCUAGUCCUACAUCAGCUGAGAUGUAAUGGUGUGCUGGAGGGCAUCAGAAUUUGCAGGAAAGGAUUCCCAAGUCGAAUCUUAUAUGGUGACUUUAAACAGAGAUAUAGGGUAUUAAAUGCGAGUGCAAUCCCUGAAGGUCAGUUUAUUGACAGCAAGAAAGCAAGUGAAAAGCUACUGGGUUCCAUUGAUGUUGACCACACCCAGUACAAAUUUGGGCACACUAAGGUUUUCUUCAAAGCUGGACUUUUGGGUACUCUAGAAGAGAUGCGAGAUGAGAAACUAGCCAAACUUAUGACCCGUCUUCAGGCUCUUUGCAGAGGAUACCUGAUGAGAGUAGAAUUCAAGAAAAUGUUAGAAAGGAGGGAAGCUAUAUUUACUAUCCAGUAUAACUUCCGUUCAUUUAUGAAUGUGAAACAUUGGUCCUGGAUGAAACUUUACUUCAAAAUCAAGCCCUUGCUGAAGAGUGCAGAAUCUGAAAAGGAAAUGCAAAAUAUGAAAGAAGAAUUUGAAAGGAUAAAGGAAGAGCUUGCUAAGUCUGAGGCAAAACGAAAAGAACUUGAAGAAAAAAUGGUUGCACUUCAACAGGAAAAGAAUGAUCUUGCUUUGCAGGUUCAGGCGGAAGCAGACAAUCUUGCUGAUGCUGAAGAAAGAUGUGAAGGACUCAUCAAAAACAAAAUACAACUUGAAGCCAAAGUUAAAGAUGCAGUGGAGAGACUGGAAGAUGAAGAGGAAGCCAAUGCUGAACUGACAGCAAAGAAGAGGAAACUGGAAGAUGAGUGCUCCGAGCUAAAGAAAGAUAUUGAUGAUCUAGAACUUACUCUGGCAAAAGUGGAGAAAGAGAAGCAUGCCACUGAAAACAAGGUUAAAAACCUCACUGAAGAACUGACCGUUGUUGAGGAAAAUAUUGUCAAACUAACCAAGGAGAAGAAGGCCCUUCAGGAAGCACAUCAGCAAGCUCUGGAUGAUCUGCAAGCAGAAGAGGACAAAGUCAAUACUCUGACCAAGGCCAAAGCUAAACUGGAACAGCAAGUAGAUGAUCUUGAAGGGUCUUUGGAACAAGAAAAGAAGGUCCGUAUGGACCUAGAAAGGUCAAAGAGAAAGCUUGAAGGUGACCUUAAGUUGGCCCAAGAAACAGUAAUGGAUUUAGAAAAUGACAGGCAACAGCAGGAAGAAAAACUGAAGAAGAAAGAAUUUGAAAUCAGCCAGUUACUUAGUAAAAUAGAAGAUGAACAAGUACUUGGGGUUCAGCUGCAGAAGAAGAUUAAGGAGUUACAGGCACGUAUUGAGGAACUUGAGGAAGAAAUAGAAGCAGAGCGUGCAGCACGUGCAAAAUCUGAAAAACAAAGAGCCGAUUAUGCCAGAGAACUGGAGGAGAUCAGUGAACGACUAGAGGAAGCUGGUGGAGCAACAUCAGUCCAGAUUGAAAUGAACAAAAAACGGGAAGCAGAAUUCCUGAAACUGCGUCGGGAUCUUGAGGAGGCUACAUUGCAGCAUGAAGCCACAGCUGCUGCUCUUCGAAAGAAACAUGCUGACAGCGUUGCAGAGCUUGGAGAGCAAGUCGACAACCUGCAGCGUGUUAAGCAGAAACUGGAGAAGGAAAAGAGUGAAAUGAAGAUGGAAAUUGACGACUUAGCAAGUAACAUGGAAUCAGUUUCUAAAGCAAAGUCAAACUUUGAGAAGUUGUGCCAUGCUAUGGAAGAUCAGAUGAACGAAGCAAAAGCCAAGAGUGAAGAAAGCCAACGUUUGAUUAACGAUAUAAAUGUUCAAAGAGCUCGUCUUCAGACAGAAAAUGGAGAAUAUGCUCGUCAAAUAGAUGAGAAAGAUGCUCUGAUUUCUCAGCUUUCAAGAGGUAAACAAGCCUUUAUGCAGCAAAUUGAAGAUCUGAAAAGACAACUAGAAGAGGAAACUAAGGCAAAGAAUGCAUUAGCCCAUGGCUUGCAGUCUUCCCGCCAUGACUGCGACUUACUCCGAGAACAGUAUGAAGAAGAACAGGAAGCCAAGGCUGAAUUUCAGCGGUCACUCUCUAAGGCCAACAGUGAUGUUGCUCAGUGGAGAACAAAGUAUGAAACAGAUGCCAUUCAGAGGACAGAGGAACUUGAAGAAGCCAAGAAAAAGCUAGCACAGCGUCUACAGGAAGCAGAAGAACAGAUUGAGGCUGUAAAUUCCAAGUGUGCCUCACUGGAGAAGACAAAAGUGAGGCUGCAGAAUGAAGUAGAAGAUCUCAUGCUGGAUGUAGAAAGAUCAAACGCAGCAGCCGCAGCUCUGGACAAGAAGCAGAGGAACUUUGAUAAGAUUCUUGCAGAAUGGAAACAGAAGUAUGAAGAGGGUCAGGCAGAGCUGGAGGCAGCUUUGAAGGAGUCGCGUUCUAUUAGCACAGAACUCUUUAAAGUUAAGAAUGCUUAUGAAGAAUCUCUGGACCAGCUUGAAACUCUGAAAAGGGAGAACAAAAAUUUACAGCAGGAGAUUUCUGAUCUAACUGAACAGCUUGGGGAAUCUGGCAAGUGUAUUCAUGAGCUGGAAAAAGCCAAAAAACAGAUAGAACAAGAAAAGUCAGACAUUCAAAGUGCAUUGGAAGAAGCUGAGGCAUCUUUGGAACAUGAGGAGGCUAAAGUCCAACGAGUUCAGCUCGAGUUAAAUCAGGUGAAAUCAGAGAUUGACAGGAAGAUCGCUGAGAAAGAUGAGGAACUCGACCAGAUGAAGAGAAGCCAUCAGCGAGUUUUGGAGUCUAUGCAGAGUGCACUAGAAGCUGAGAUCAGGAGCAAAAACGAUGCCCUGAGGAUGAAGAAGAAAAUGGAAGGUGAUCUAAAUGAAAUGGAAAUUCAGUUAAGCCAUGCAAAUCGCCAGGCUGCAGAAGCACAGAAGCAGCUUCGAAAUGUGCAGGGUCAGCUCAAGGAUGCACAACUACAUUUAGAUGAUGCCCUUCGAAGUAAUGAGGAUCUGAAGGAGCAGGUUGCCAUGGUAGAGCGCAGAAGUAACCUCAUGCAGGCUGAGAUAGAGGAACUGAGAGCUGCAUUAGAACAGACAGAAAGAGCUCGGAAAGUGGCUGAACAGGAGCUCCUGGAUACUAGUGAACGAGCACAGCUUCUGCACUCUCAGAACACUAGCUUACUAGUCGCAAAGAAAAAGUUAGAAAGUGAUGUUUCUCACCUGCAAGGUGAAGUGGAUGAAGCUGUCCAAGAAGCAAGAAAUGCAGAAGAGAAAGCUAAGAAAGCCAUCACAGAUGCAGCCAUGAUGGCUGAAGAGUUGAAGAAGGAACAGGACACCAGUGCCCACUUAGAGAGGAUGAAAAAGAACAUGGACCAAACAAUUAAGGACCUGCAACAUCGCCUGGAUGAAGCAGAGCAGUUAGCAUUGAAGGGUGGAAAGAAACAGAUCCAGAAACUGGAAGCUCGAGUUCGUGAACUUGAAAAUGAACUUGAAACAGAACAGAAACGAGGUGCUGAAGCUAUAAAGGGGGUUCACAAAUAUGAACGAAAAGUAAAGGAGCUGACGUAUCAGACCGAGGAAGACAAGAAGAAUAUUCUGAGGUUGCAGGAUCUGGUGGAUAAACUGCAGCUCAAAGUGAAGGCCUACAAGAGGCAGUCUGAGGAAGUUGAGGAGCAAGCAAAUGCAAACCUCUCCAGAUUCCGUAAAGCUCAGCACGAUCUCGAGGAAGCAGAGGAGCGGGCUGACAUUGCUGAAUCCCAAGUCAACAAACUCAGGGCUAAGAGCCGGGACAUCGGUAUCAAGGUAGUAAUUGUUCAUUUUUGUCAUUUCUCUGUUUCAGAGAUGAACCCUAGCAUAUGUAUUUCUACAGUUUUCAUCUGUCAAGUGAAAUAUGAGACUUGA